UGGAACUGCUGGAUCAUAUAGUGAUUCUAUUUUUCAUUUUUCAAGGACUCUCCGUACUAUUUUCCAGAGUGGGUGCACCAAGUUACAGUCCCACCCAUAGUGUAGGAGGUUCUGAAAAGCAAGGGUCUGGAGGCAUCAUGUGCUGCCUAUCUUUGGUUUCCCGCCUCCAGAUCCACUCUCCACUUUCCACCUGCUACCUGAGAGGCCGCCAUUGCCCUCUGGCCUUGCUUGUCUUUGGCCAAUGGGCAGUCACAACAGGAGAACUUGGAGAGAGGGAGACAAGUGACCUGGGGUGUCCUGUCCCCCAGUUCUCUCUCAUCUGGGUUGCCCCAGGUUGGCUGCACUUCUCAACAAAAAGUUACAGCUCCUCAGGCAGCCUUGUCCACACAGCCCUCUUCCAGUCUCCCCUUGCCCCUUGAGACCCAGGUGCAGUCGUAGCAUCUUCCUGUCACUUCCAGGGCAGCACCUUAUCCCCUGUGAUUUCCUGACACCCAGCCCACAGCACUGUAAGUCAUCUGUUUGUUAAACUCCUCUUUAAUCUGGACAUGCCAUCUUUCUCCUACCAGGACUCUGACUUUGAGGCAGGAAGGGCCCGAAACCAGAAGUCCAGGAAACCAAACCCCCUCCCACAUAGGUGUAUGUGGGUGCAUGUGUGUAUGUGUGGGCGUGUCAAUCAACCUGCCCCACUGCUGGCUCUCAGGAGAGAGCAGAUUCUGGAAGAGGGGAGCCUGGCAUGUUUGCGCACGUACCUGGUGUAUGAGAGCUGAUUCCUUUUAUGCAUUUUUUAAUGUCAAGAAACGUUGGUGACUGUUUGAGAAAUAGCGGGAUCUUCACCAGGUAAAGCAGCUAAAAGACUAAGCCUUGGUUAUUCCUUCAGGACUUAGGGUCUCUUGACAGGGUUAGGGAGAAAUAAUUCUUGGUGGAUUUUAACUAUUAUAAAACAAUGUGACUCGCACUGACCUGAGGAGUUGAAGAGAUCUUUGUUGAAGCCCAGAGUAAGGGUGAUUCAUGCUGUCUCUUAAAGGCAGGAAAGGAGGGGAAAGAGUCCAAGGACUGGCCAAGGAUUGGGAUAUUUCAUAUCCCAUUAACCUGAAUCUGUCACCCUGGGCGGUACUCGAGUCUUCAAAGGGUGGCCAGCAAACCGGUGCCAGUCAGAGAAUUAACUGUUAGUGGUCUGUGACCAGAUCAUUUCAGAACUUCAGUGUAAACAUUUAAAAAUCUAUGUAGCAAUUUCAUUCAUUGUAUGAUUGAUUAAACCAGUAAUUUAAAAAUUGGGCUUCUAAUUUGUAUGCCUUUUUGCUUCCUUUUUCUAAAAAUUUCUUUUUCACUCUAUUUUACCAAAAGAUUAGUCCAUGACAGGCUGGAAAUAAAAGUGAAAAUAACAUGAAACAGGUUCUUUACCCCAGGAGGUUGGAGAAGCACCAUCUGAGAGGACAGAGACAUAGUUUUUGGUUUUGAAUCUCUUAAUCUUGGGAGUUUCCACAGCACCCUAAGCAGCAUUGUAUACAGUAAGUUUCCCCUCAAAGGCCAGAGGUCACUGGGUUUACAGGGUUUAUCAGACAGGAAAUAAACAGCCCAGUCAAAUGGGGUAACUUGAGUGAGAAAAAUGUCCAGAUCAGAAGGAACCAAUAUUCAUCCACAACUUGGGAAACCCUUGGUCUCAUGGGUUCUUUCUCCUUUGCAGUUCUGCUGCCUUCUCUGGCUCCUGCCCUUUCUAAGAAGACAGUAUGAUUAAGUUCCAGGAAACCGUGACCUUCAAAGAUGUGGCUGUGGUCUUUACCGAGGAAGAGCUGGCGCUCUUGGACAAGGCCCAGAUAAACCUGUACCAAGAUGUGAUGCUGGAGAACUUCCGGAACCUUGUCUCAGUGGGAGACAGGAUUAAAAACAACAUUUCGAAUCUUCAGGAGAAAGGAUUGAGUUACCUCUCACAAGAAGUGCUGUACUUUUGGCAGAUUUGGAAACAAAGGAUCAGUGAAUUCACUGUGAGUCAGGAUUAUGUCAUGAAUCUUCAAGGAGGUCAUCCCCAGUAUUUAGAAGGAGAUAUUUCCCUCCGUGAAGAGUGUGCAGGAGUGUCUUUUCAGGUUUCUGAACGUGACAACGAUGUAAUAAAUGCCAUUAGUUUAGAAAAUCAAGACAUUACAGCUUGGAAAGGCCUGACACAGGCCCUUACCCCAGAUUCUUGGAAGAAAGCCAACAUGAUGACGGAGCCCCAGGACUCUCAGGGAAAGUAUAAGAGAAUUCCGACAGAAGAGGAAUUGUGUGGAUGUGCUCGGGGUGAUGAAGGCUUCAUUCAGACCUCAGGUAAUUGUGAUGAUUCCCGAGAAUGUAAAGAAGAGGGAGCUUAUAGAUACAUCUCUGACUGUGGAGAGAACUUGGUCAUUAAGUCAGCAAUCAAACACAGUAAUGUGGUCCACGCGAUGCAGCUUUUCAGCUGUAAUAACUGUACAGUGGGCUUUGUAGAUGAAGCAGAUGCUCGUGUUCAUCACAGCGCCCAGAAAGGAGAAACAUCUAAAUGUGACCAGCGUGGAAAGGACUUUAGUCCGAGCUCAGUUCUUAUUGUUCAUCAUAAACCCCAUUUAGGUGAGAGACCUGGUGAAUGGCAGGCAUGCGCUAAGAGCUGCAGACAGAGCUCAGACACUCCCGGGAGUCAGAAAGGCUCCUCGGGAGACAAACCCUAUAAAUGCAUCGAAUGCGGCAAAGGCUUUCGGCGCAACUCCUCUCUUCACAACCAUCACCGAGUCCACACGGGGGACAUGCCCUACCCGUGUGAUGUGUGCGGGAAGGGAUUUGGGUUCAGGUCCCUCCUGCGUAUCCAUCAGGGAGUCCACACAGGGAAAAAGCCCUACAAAUGCCAAGAGUGUGGGAAGGGCUUCGAUCAGAGCUCCAACCUCCUUGUCCACCAGAGAGUCCACACUGGAGAACCCUACAAGUGCGGCGAGUGCGGGAAGUGCUUCAGUUCAAGCUCCGUCCUCCAGGUCCACUGGAGACUGCACACGGGGGAGAAGCCCUACAGGUGCGGUGAGUGCGGGAAGGGCUUCAGCCAAAGCACACACCUGCACAUUCACCAGCGGGUCCACACCGGGGAGAAACCCUACCAAUGCAGCAUGUGCGGGAAGGCGUUUGCCUACAGUUCGGUGCUGCACACCCAUCAGAGAGUUCACACGCGAGAGAAGCCUUACACCUGCCAAGUGUGCGGGAAGGGCUUCAGUUACAGCUCCUAUUUUCACUUGCAUCAGAGAGAUCACAGCAGGGAGAAACCACACAAAUGCAAGGCGUGUGGGAAGGGCUUCAGUCGGAACUCAGACCUUCACGUUCAUCUCAGAGUCCACACCGGAGAGAGGCCCUACCAGUGUAAAGAAUGCGGCAAGGGCUUCAGUCGGAACUCUUACCUUCUUGCCCAUCAGAGAGCGCACAGGGAGGAGAUGGGACAUAACGUGUCACGAGCUUGGCCAGGCUCAGGAAAUACAUUGCUCAGACCAUCUCACUCAUCCAGGGGUACACAAGAGGACAGAAACAUUGUAAAUGUAGAGUCCAGGUUCCAUCAGGAAAACAGGAGCCACUUGAUGUUUUCCAGAUGAUGGAGGCUUACUCGUCCAGUAAGAGGGCAGGGGAGGAGCAACGGAUGGGAAUGCUGCCACCCGUGAUGUCAGCUGGCAGCACUGAAGGAGGUGGUCCUUAAGAGCAUUCCAGCAGGGGGAGGGUAUGGCUCAGUGGUAGAGCACGUGCUUAGCAUCCACAGGGUCCUGGGUUCAAUCCCUGGUACCUCCAUUAAACAAACAAACAAACCUAACUAACCCCUCCGAAAAAAAAAGAUCAUUUGUUUAAAAAAAAAAGAGCAUUCCAGGAAACUCCUGUGGAUCUCAGUGAGUGCCCAGAAGCUCCCAUCAAUGGUUAUGUGCCGUGGUGGCAAAGACAGUUAUUCUUGAUAGAGGGGCAAUUUGUGGCAGUGGCAAUAGUUAGAGGUCAAAUGUCUAUGAAUAGGUGAGCCCGGGCAGGAAAUUCUAAUUGGGGUGAGGACAGCAAGAACUUCAGUCCAGCCAUGAUCUUUAGGUGUUUUAGUUUUUGUUUGCUUUUAGAGAGUCCCCACUAGAAAAAUACUCUCUGUGAAGAAUGUUCAAAAAGCAUGCUCAGAAAUGAAACCUAGUCUACCAGUGUGGUAAGAAUUAGUCCAUACUCAUAUUUUCAAAACCGUAAGAUUCUCCACACAGGAGAGAAGCUCUACAGACGUGAUAUUUUAAGGAUGUGGCAGAGACAGAGAUACGUAUUCAUCGGACUUGCUCUGUUUACUGGGCACGAAGGAAGACCCCAUUUCCUAGGAAUCCUGGCAAGGGAUUAUGCGAGGGCCCACGUGAUUUGAGUUCCAACCAAUGGAGUGUAAGCAAAAGUGAUAAAAGCUGCUUCCAGGCCUGCCCCGUACAGACAUCUUGUGAGGUCCCCCAGGCUUCUCUUUCCUGUCGCAUUGGAGGCUGUUUGUCCCAGACUGGAAUGAUGGAAUCUGACCUGUGUAGGACUUUUUUUUUUUCAAGUGAGAAAUAAACAUUUCUUGUGUUAACACUA